UGACACUUAAGCAGGCACACUGCCCCUUCGGCCUUGCCGUCGUCCGUCUCGUUCUUUCAGCCUGCCCAACCAUCUCCUAACAUCGGCUUUGUGUGUUGAGAAGCCCCUUUGUGCAAAGGCGUAGUUGAAUCACGACUCAAUGCUUGUGGAAAUCGCGCGGUAGCGGCGAUGUGUUUUGUGAACGCGACAAGAAUAGGACGAAGACGACGAUCGAAACGUGGAUAGGAAGAAAUCUUCAGCCUUAUAGGAAUCAGAAAGAUCACACUCGAAAGCAAUCGUUAUCGACGAGAGCUAUUCAUCAUGGGUCAAACGGCUCCUGAACAGGAGCGCCACGGCAGGAAGAAGCGCACUCGUUCGUCAUCGAAGCCAUCCAAAGUACGAACUGCGAAGAAAGUUGUGCGCCCAUCGAAGUCUGAAAUGAACCUCCGUCCUCAGGAUCACCUCCAGCCUGUCCAAGUGGUACCUACUCAGUAUCUGCACCCUCAACCGCCAAAUCCUGUGCAGUCACCACCACCAGCAUAUUCUCUCCAUCCCAUAAGCGUGCCUCAACAUCCGAUAUAUGGCGCAGUGCCUCAGCAUCCGCAUCGUGGGAACUCGUAUGGAUCUCCGCUUCCUCCGACCGUGCAACCUUACGCCAGCCAGUCCACUGUACGUCUCGCCUCACCUCCGCCUCAAAAAGCUGGCGACGAUGGGCUUUUGAAGGGGCAGUUGCACAAGCUAGACCGUAAGGCGAAAAAGUCCUACCAAGAUUUGCGACAAGGGGCCGGAAAUGGUGCAACAAAAUUGACAACCGACUACAUCGAGAGACCUACACAUGCAAUUGCGAUGAAGAGCAUGCAGGUCCUCUGCCAAGGUGCAGCACUAUGCGACAUCAUCAGCUCAAAGUUCGAUGCAGUCAUCACUAGUAUCGAUGACGAUAAGUUCAGCGGAAAAGAGCAGGAUCUCUUGGUGUACGACGAUGCACAGCCACGUCCCUCAACCUCGAACUUGAACUCAGUUCCGGAAACAGGACGGCCAACAAACGAUGUGUGUAGAGUGUUAGGCGGCGGCAAAGGCUCAAACCACUUCUCCAAAGUCUGGCUUUACUCGAACUCACGGCUUCCGCCUCACCUACCCCCCUUCAAGGUUUACAUACCCACGUAUCCCUUGCUCUGCCUAGCAGCAACUUACUCCGAUCGCGUCUACACACCUCCGGCCCCAGACUCCGGCGAAACAGAAGCCCACGUCCCCGCCGACUGGCGAACAGGCACAAAAGCCAUGGUCCUCAAAUCCAUACCCAUCGACGACAUGAACACCGUCGUUUUCGCCAUUCGUGGGAGUCAAACGUUCAUGGACUGGGCUGUGAACUAUAAUUCUGCGCCCACACGUCCUGAUGGCUUCCUUGACGACUCGUUGAAUGUGUGCCACGCGGGUUUUCUCUACGUAGCGCGCAAGAUGGUCAAGCCAGUCGCAGAACGUUUACGCGUCCUCUUACAGGAAAACCCAUCACGAUCAAACUGCAGUUUACUCAUUACUGGCCAUUCCGCGGGCGGAGCGGUCGCUGCAUUGCUUUACGCACAUAUGAUGAGCACGCAGAUUGAAUCGGAUCUCAGUUACCUGACCAGUUUCUUCAAGCGCGUACACUGCGUCACUUUCGGCGCGCCUCCCGUGAGUUUACGUCCGCUGACCAAGUCGACGGAUAAGAGACACAGGAAAAGCUUGUUUUACGCGUUUGUCAACGAGGGAGAUCCGGUACCGAGGGCGGAUAAGAACAUGAUCAAGAGCUUGUUGAAGCUAUACGCGAAUCCUGCACCGAGCGGGUCUUGUCUGGGCGCAACGAUAACAUCGAUGUCGAAAAUAAAUCUAUCCCAGUCGCCACCGCCAAAGACGAAAUCCAAGCUCAACUAUUCGUCCAUGUUUUCUAAGUCAAGCAAAACCUCUGCACAAACAGGUGCAUCGACACCAUCGGUAACGUCAGCAACAUCGACGUCAACGGCGCCGGCGUGGCCAAUUCCCCCCUGCACGCUCUCGCCGGCAGGUCGACUGGUCAUUUUGCGACAGAAGAGUGGUCGCAAAUCGGAAUUGGACGUUGAGGCCGUAACAGUAGACGAUGAGAUGUUGAACAAGGUCGUGUACGGCGAUCCGCUGAAGCAUCAGAUGCGCAUGUAUAAGCAGAGAGUGGACAGUCUUGCUACGAUGGCCGUUACUGCAGGAGGUUGCUGAGUUCAGCUGAAAUAUAUAUACCCAUUGUUUUUGUAUAGUUACUCGAUUCCUGUUUCUUGAGCAAUUGGCGUUUUUAAAACCAAUCCACUUUAUGUAUUUAUCAAGGAAAUGGGAAACAAAACUUGUCCACUAUUUUUUACACCGCCCUCGAUACGUACUGCUGGAAGUGGCCUGACCAACGAAGAUCUAUAGUGGAUUGAGAAAGGUGACCAGGGGUGCAAAUCAGCAAUCUAGGUCUUGAGUCAAGAAGUAUGAACUCUAUUCAUCCUUCGUACGAGUUUGGGCGAGUCCUGAGGUUAAAGCAUGGGUAACGUACGAUAACGUGUAGACUAGUCGAAGCUUGAUCGCUGCCCACUACGAGCAUGAGAGUUGAGCGUUUCCAUGAUAGUAGAGUGGAUAGACAAGCAGAGCCGAGGUUCCUGGCAUAACAAUGGGUGGUUCUUUCCACAAGGGCUUGGAACGGAAUUGAACCUCCGUCACUCGAUAUUUUAG